ACUCCAUUGUCAAAACUUCCUGGACCCCCAGGAUGGCCACUAAUAGGAAAUGCCCUGGAUAUGAACUCAUACGGUAACACUUUGGAGACUUUGGUCAAAUGGAGGAACAAGUAUGGGGAUGUUUUCAAAGUGGACCUAUUUGGAGAGGAGAUUGUUAUGGUUUCUGGGCAGUAUAUCAAUGAGAUGUUAGUCUCAAAGGGUAAAGAGUUUGCAGCCCGACCUGAAUUACCACUGAUUGCUGGUCAACUGCCCAAUGGAUCAUUCAUGGUGAGACAAAACUAUGAUGAAAGAACUAUAUUCGUACGAAAACUUGCUCACAAGGCUCUUAAACAAUUUGGUGAGGGGCUAGACAAGAUUGAGAAGGUCUCGAUGUCUCAAAUAACUGUCUUCAUGGAUGAACUUCAACAGGAUUUUCUCAACAAGGAUUUUGACCCUGAUGACCCCCUUGCAAAAUGCUUCACACAAAUCGUAAAUAUCAUGGUGACAGGAACUACUUUACAAGAAGAUUCAUAUUUACUCGAAGAACACAAAGAGUUGGAUAUGAUAGAUGGUCGCAUAUUAGGUGGACACUUUGCUCUACUAGAUACCUUUCCCUCUCUCAUACACUUUCCAUUUGUUCCCGGAGUCAAAGAGGUGAAAAGAUACAGUGAACUACGUCAGAGUAUUCAAGCAUACUGGAAAUCAACAGAGGACACAUUUGAUCCUGAAAAUCUACGUGGAAUCUAUGAUGUUUACUUCAAAGCUCACAAGGAUUUUCAGAACAGUGAUGAUGUACAGUUUUCUUACAACUAUAACAAUAUCAAAGAUGAUGUCUUUGAGAUCUUUAUUGGAGGCUUUGUAACAACCCAUAAAUUCCUUCUGGCAUUCAUCAACAUCAUGGCAUCAAACCAGAAACUCCAGGCAAACAUACAGAAGCAAAUAGAUGAUGUCAUAGGUCAAACAAAUGAGCCAUCUUUACACCAUAGAGGUCAGCUUGGAUUCCUUGAAGCGACAAUUUAUGAAAUCUUUCGUUAUGGAUCACAUACUCCUCUAGCAGUACCACAUAUGACACAGGAAGCUACAUCUAUUGGUGGAUAUGAUCUGCCUAAAGGAACGCAGGUUUGGCCAAUGCUGUGGUCCAUGCACCAUGAUGAAAGAUUCUGGGAUGAACCAUGGAAGUUCAAGCCUGAAAGAUUUAUGACGCAAGAGGGCAACCUUGCUUCAGCUGAUACACGUAAAAUGUUGAUGCCAUUUGGUGCAGGAGCGAGAGGGUGUGUUGGGGAGGUAUUUGCCAAGUCCAGAAUAUUCCUCUUCACAGCUACAUUAUUACAGAGGUUCAACAUUUUGCCUCCAAGAGAAGGCCAGUUCAAACCUUGGGAUAUCAAAUCAAAGGAGUACUUCAGAUGUAUGCCUUUGAAAACUGGUGAAUUCAAAAUAAGAGUUGAACCUAGAUAAAUCAGAACAAGGUUAAUGUGCUUGUACACCAAAACACCUUUAGACUGUCUAAUGACUAAGUGUAUAUAUUCUUUAGAACAGAGGGUUAAAAAACUUGGGAGUUUUCAGACAAAACAUCUAUUAAAUGUCAUGUAUUUUGCCAUCUUCUGUUUGUUUUGCGUUUGUGUAGAGCUGCUUCAAUAGAGUUUCUCUUGAGUCUUUUCUGUUUCAUAUAAUUUAUAAGGAUUUCCCAUUCAUCAAUGUUCCAAUCUUAGUUGAGACAGGAUCAUGGUCUGACGUGGUAUACACUGAACAUGGCUAACUUGGUAUGUUAGUUCCCUUCUUAGUCGAGACACAUUCUGUUGC